AUGGCGGGGGGAAAGAGGGGAACGGGCGGAGGGCGGGGGAAGGACCCGCCUCUCGCUGCCUCGCAACCGCCGGGCUGCCCGCCGCGAACGCCUGAACAAAACACGCCGGCCCCGGCUCCCGAACGGCGCAAAGCGCUGCCGACGGGAAAAAAAGAAACGGAUCCGCACCUCCUCCGCGGGGUGAGGAGGGGAGAAGCGGAGCCGAAACGAGGGGAGGGAACGGAGAGGCGGCCGUUUGGGUCUUUCAGGCAACGGCGCGGUCGCCCCCGGGAGCAGCACAAUGGGCGGGGGCGCCUCGCGCGGGCCAACGGCUGCGGCGCCCCCUCUCCCCCCCCCCCCCCGGGGUUCCUGAGGGGCCGCCGCGGUCUCGGCCCGGGCCCGGUGCUGCGGGGGGGAGAGACCCCGGAUCGGGGAGACCCCGGGCCGGGGAAGGGUGUUGGGUGCAGCCCGGUGCCGCCGCCCCCAGAGAGGGGGAGCGGAGCGUCCCUGUGGAAAGCACCCGCGAUGGCGAAGGGUGGAGGUGCGGCCUUGUGGUAUCUGGAGGCCGGCCCGGUGCCCUCCUCGGGAAACAACCGGCCCGCGGGCACGGCUGUCAUCGUGUGUGCUUCAAAAACGGCUUUAGGAUGCCGAGCAGCUUGUUAGUUACAGCACACACUUGAAGAUGACUCUGAGCAACCUGAUCUGACUUUGAAGAUGGUUCUAAAUUCAGAGUGUGGUCUAGAGGACCUCAGCGCUCCUGUCCAGCCUGAAUCACUGUGUGCUUCUGGAACAUGCGCUUCAGUGAACUCUUCGUAACAGCUGGGUGAUCAUCCAAAGAUGUCAGGUGAUGCUUAUACAGCAGACUUUGAUGCUAACGGAGGUUUCUCAAAGUUCCUGGUAUUAGUAACCAGAUAAGCUGUUCACCAUUCAUUAGGACCUAAUUAUCAUUUUUUUUAUAUAUAUAUAUAUUAAAAAAAUAUGUAGAUGUGCGAAGCCUCUAAACUAUGCCUAAUGUGACCUUUUGAUUGUACCAUCAUCACAUUUACCUCUUUCCUCCUCAGUCACUCCAUCUCAUACUCCAAUGCUGAGAACCACAUUCACUGCACUAAAAAAGAAACACCACUGCCUUCAUUUUCCUUACAUGUGCUUUUUUUAUUUUAUAUUAAAACUCCUUGGCUUAGGGGAUCAGACCAUGACAGAAGGUGGUCUGUGGAAAACAUAUCUGCAAAUCCUAAAUCCCCUUUCCCGAUGUUGCCAAAGGCCAAGGUUUCUGAUCUGGCUUGUGAUCAGUGAGCGCAAGCUCUCAGACUGCAAA